AGUCAAAAAUGGAAACAUACAAUUUCAUAGCCCUGGGUGAGAUACCUUUGAAAUUUUAUCAGUCGCAGAAAUUUUAUCAGUCGCACUGCACCUGGUUUGGACACUGGUUGCUAGAGUGGGGUAUCUCUGAAAAGUAAUCUCUGGCAGAAUCACUGUAAUGAGGUUGCACAUCUCUGAGCAACAGGGCGUUCCUGAACCAUAACUGAGGUGAAAUCCUAUUAGCGGAAGGACAUUGUCGCAAGAACUGAAAUUAUGACUUUAUAAACAGACUAGCAUUCAGAAUCUUUUUCACAGCGUUUAAUUCAAAUCUCGAGCUUAAACGUUUUGCACUCGGUCACACAUAACAUCAGUGACGUAGAAGAAAUGUUGAAAGUAAACCACUUCAUAACCGCGAUUAUACGUUUCCCAGUAUAUCACAGUUCUCUGUAAUAAGGCUAAAACUUUGCUUAACAAUUAUCUUAACAACCGUGAAACAAAAUUAAUCAAUCAUCCAGUACUGAAAUCUACUGUCCACGCUUUAAGAUGUAAAGAGUUCAAGUCUGCCUGUGGCUACAUCAGUCAGAAGGUUCGGGGUUUAGACGUGCUAUUUAGCUUCCCCGCUCGGUCGAAAUACAGCUAAUCACCUGCAUAGUUGAUGUACCACGUUUUCCCGUUAAAAGAUCGACAUACAGAAUAUCAGCUGGCCUUGAUGUCUUCAGUUUUCCCGUUGAGGGAUCAAAGUACAGGUUUUCAGCUGGCGAUCGACAUAGAGGCUAUCAGCUGGCCUUAAUGUCUUUAGUUCUCCCGUCGAAGGAUCACAGUACAGGUGGUCAGCUGGUCUUGAAUUUUGCAUUUUGAAAAUGAAGAAGUGUUUCUUCGGAUUUGCGCCGCUCUAGCGUCAGAGCCACGUGGCUCUAGUGUAAGGAGCUGCAUGGUUCUAGUACAUUGUAGCGUACAACUGGAUGUUUCCUUAUAUUCUAGCUUUGCUAUUUCAGAGCAACCUUACAGCCUUCAUACUAGUUUUUAAUACGAUAUUCGUGGAAAUGUUUUUCCUUUUUAUUUGUUUUAUUUAUUCUAGUUUAUUUUAAGGUUACCAGAUACCUUUAGGGGUUUUUCGUGUGAGUGGAGGACGUUACGAUUUAAACUGCAGAUCCACCAAAACUCUAUAUCAGAUUAAAGCUUAUUCAGCUGGCUGCCUUAAUUUUUGUUUGUUUUUCACUAAUUUGGUUUGCUUCAUGCUCUAGUCUUUCGGAGGGUUUUGUAGUCAUUUGGACUGGACUAUAUUGGAAUUUAAAUAUAAGAUAUUUUGUUAAAAAAGAGAAUGUAAUGAUAAAACCUCAUUGUUCAUGAUGAUGCAGGCUAUAGAACGGCCAUGUUAAUUGUCAGUGCAUAAUGCCAUUAUAAUAGCUUUCUCGAGCACCUCUCCGCGUUCUAAGAUGAUUUUUUUAACAUUAUCUGUUGCAUUUUGCUUACGUUUUGCUCCUUUUACUUUCGAAAAAAAUAUUUACUUGAUGUAAUGUUAUUAUAAAAGGCCCUUAAUUUACAUCUUUCGCCUGUAUUACCGCCAUGCUUUAUUACGGCUUUUUCGUACCCGGCUUCAUCAAAUGAUCCACCGUAAUAAAUCUUUCAAAGCGUUAAAAGCGUUUCUUGUCAACUGAAAUUAUUGAAACGCGCCAUAUUUAAUUUUAAGUUACAUUUCGAUGCAUGCUCAUACGUCAACAGUUAAGUAAUUUCCAAUGUUUCAAAUCAAAGACUCAGAAUAUUAAACGUUUUUCUCUUUCUUUCCAUCAAAUCCUCUGGUGUGCAGAGACUGUGUGGACGUAUUAAAACUCCGACUUCGAUAUCCAAGCUGGUUGUCUUUUUCACGGAAUAUCGUUUCAAUUUCCACGUAAACGAUCAGAUCAACAGAGUAACUUAAUAAGCUUAAUCUACUUUUCUCGUUGUCUGCAUGAUGCCUGUAUGAUUCAUUAUAAUAGUAGACACUAUUCCAGGAAACAGAGGAACAGACCGUCAAUACAACUACGUUAUUGACCCGCACCAAAUCAACUGUAUUUUAAAACUGUGUUUAAAGUUCUUUAAACGAUUUAAAAACUACUUUGACCACAAUUUGAGGUAUUUUUAUUAUUUUUCACGACUAAAACCAAAAUAGCGUUAGAAGCUUGAAUUGUAUAUGACAUCUAUUUGAAUAGUAUAUAUAACUGUUACAUUUUGCCAGGUUUUUGUUGUAUUUGAAACAUAUUUGUCAUCAAAACUACAUUUUAAAUACAGUAUUUAAACUAUGUUUUCAGAAAGAGAGUAUUGGCGAGUUGCUAAAUUUUUUUCAAAUACCGUGUAUUUAAACUGCAGUUUGGAAAGAAGAACCUAAAGUCAAAGAUUUAAAAAGUAGUUUUUACAAGUAAAGUUCAAAAUCAGGUUUUAAUUAGGAUGUUUAAAGACUAUUUUGAACAUACUUCCCCGUCUACGACCUUAAACAGCUCAUAAAUAGCCUAGUUAAAACAUGUUUGAAGAGAGUCAGUUCACUUUAAAUUGUGAUUUGAAAUGACACGCACCUUGAAAUGUCUCCAAACAGGAUUAAAACUGGCUGUUUUUACAGUAUUUUCACAAACUAUCCUCAUCUAAAAAGGUAUUUAAAUGCCGGGAAACCUAUUUCCAAACCUAACUUAAACAGGCUGUUUAUAGGGUGUUUUGAAAAAACCCGGCUGUCUCAAUGGUAAAAAAUAUACUUUAAAGGAAAAAAAAAUCAACCAAAUUUAUUUUCAAACAGAUUUUAAAUAUUGUUUUCGGAGUGUUUUUUAAAAUUGAUACCCGCAGCCACGGACUUGGUAAACAAAACGCAAUAGACAUGCAGAUACAGUCAGCCGAAAGAAAUAAGAACACAUCGUCUAGGCGCAGCCCAUUUUUCAAAGGCAGUAUCUUAUAGUUGAGCCAUAUUGACAGAAGUGUCAGAAUUCUCAGAAUUCGCAGUUCUCGACACAUCCGAUUUCUAAUCAUGCGCGUACUUAAUAGACUGUCUUAAUAAGUAACCAUGCAGUAAGUAUAAACGCCUCAAAAUUAUAAAGCCUGAGUCCUCUAGAAAACAAGACACAGAGCUGUCAUCCAGUUGGGAGCUAAUUAAUGUAUCUCCAAACAAAAACAAUCAGCCUUAAACUUUAUCAGUCAAAUAAAGUUUCGAAAUAUGCAUGUAUUUCGAGCCCAUCGACCGGUUGGAUUACGCGCGUUGUGUCACAGUGGUUGACAGUGUGAAAGAUCAAUCGAUCCCCAAUCGUUAUUCACCGAAUCUCUCUGUGUAUAUAUCUACACAGCCAGAUUUUAAAUCAAUCAUUGAUCAGUUACUAAGUUUUGAAACUUCUAAAAUUAGCAUCAACCAUAAUGUAACAUUAACAUACAGUGUAAUCUAAAUAAUCUAAUCGAUUUUGACAUAGAACCGCCGUUAUCCGCGCGCGUAGAGCCGGAUACGGUGAACAAAGGUAAAAUAAGCGCUAAACAACAUUAUCUAAAUAAACGCUCACCUCUCGUGUUACAAGAAGAAGCAAACGCUCAAGAAAUUCCUCCACAUCGUUAUCUUACGUUUACGAAUCAUACGAAAUGAAUAAAAUUUUAUCAGACCCCGAGCUCGACUUAGCACGCGCCGGCACCUCUCGCGCAAUAGAGUCGCAUGGUAAAACCACGUGCUAAGGAUCAAAGCAUCUUUGUAUUUUAAAAUCAUGGCGGAAGGCUUUUGAUUGUUGCAACUGGCGUUGAGUUGCUCUUUAUUGCGCAAAAAAGAGGAUUUGUCAACUCUGUAGACUGUCCAGACGCGCAGAUUUUGUUUUAAUCACGAAUCAAAAUGUCUUCAAAUCGUCAGCGACUGGGAUUUACUUUUAAAGGAACGGAUCUAAGUUCAACUGGUGGACACAUGUACUGUUUGAGUCUUUCCGAGUCUUCGCGAUGCGAAUAAAGUGUGAGUUCGAUUGUUCCUUGUUUAUAAUAAUCUGUUAUUGGAAGGUAUAGGCCUACACGUUAUGAAAAGGACAGUUGGAUUUAUGGCCUUUCGAAGAGCACUGUCAAUUAAUUUAGGCUGAUUUAACAACAGGACGGAAACGUCAUUUGACGAGGGGUGAGCGCGCGGAAAGGACUAAACUCGACUUCCGGUGCCCAAUUUGUCGCUCUGCCAUUGUUCAAGUCAGUUGUUUGAAUUGCGGGCGCCGCCGUCAACUGACGUUCCCGUUCUGUUGCAAAAUCAGCCUUUUUGUUACCAAGAGCCAUUUUGGCUUUUGUUUAUAUGCGUCUGCUUACUGGUCGUCUGGAUACAAGGUAAUUUCGAUACACCAGGCGAUACAACUCGUUCAGAUACAAAUUGACUCAGUCGAGGUGACAGUACAACCGAUAUUUCGCGACAUAUGCUUUUCUUGUUCACGCGCGAUAACUAUGCAUCAGGUCUAAUCACAAUAUUUUUGCAGUUUCACUGCUUGGGUUCGUAUGGAAACGACUCGUUUCCUUUACAGUUAAUUGAUCAGAUUACAUUCUUCCUCUCACGCCAAAUGUGUCACGUUAAUUAAGCUUUAUGUCCGUUCUCGUUCACUCACACAUAGCAAUACCAAACCACAAAACCAAUAGCGAAUGUUCUUGCUCACGCCUUGCAAGCUUCAUGAUGAUUUUAGUGGAAUCAAAUAUUAUUGUGUUAGGUCUUGCGAGAAAGAAUGUAUAUAUGUAUAGCCCGGGGGGGGGGGGUACUCGCAGAAAAAUUGGGUAGGGGUGUGCGGCCCGCUUCCCAAAACCCUUACCCUAUUUAUGACCAAAAUCUGCGAUUUUCCCUACCCUAUUUAUGACCUAACCAAAAAUUUGAUACCCUAUUUUGUGAAGGGCUUUUUUUGCUUGUAUUUUCUAGCCUACAAAGCACCCGGUGGAGAGGAAGGCAAAGCGUGGAUGGAAGGAGGGGGACAUGAUAAGGAAGUAGCUUCUUCUAAAAAAGUGCAUUCAAGACUACAGUGCAAAAAUCGUUACCCUAUUUAUGACCAAAAUGGCGGCAAAAUAGCCAAAAUCGAUACCCAAUUUAUGACCAAAACGGCUGAAAAACCCUACCCUUUGGGGCCGCACAUACCUAUAUAGCCCAUAUUAGGGAGUGCCCCCCCGGGAUGUAUAGUUGGUAAGUAAAAUUCAAUUAUUAUAAUGAAAUUAUAAUAUAUUUUAGUAAAAUCCAACUAGUGGUCUAUUAUCAAUGCUGCGUUCUGAUUGGUUGCGCUACUACUAGGCUAUAUGUUAUAGCCCACAAGUAGCGAAAAGCGCGGGCUUUUUGGCGGCUAUUGACUAUAAAGGGCUACAAGGGCUGUUGACUCAGAGCCCAUUCGGGCUCGGGGAAUAAUUCUUAAAUAGACAUUUAACUUAUUAUAUUGACUCGGUUAAGCCGAAAAUGGUUAAUUUCUGCUUGGGAAUUCCUUCAGGAAUAUGAUAUUUUGACAUCUAAUUUGUUACAUGAUAACAAUCAGGACCUUAUACAUUGCACACUUGUACAGCUGGUUCUAUAAAGGUUGCUUUGGGCAUUGGGAAUUAAGCAAUGGUAAGCUAUUGUUUGGUGGUCCCUCAGGGAAAUCAUUGCAUUGUUUGGUAUGCCCAAAUGCCCAAUGGCAAACCAAUCAGCUAUAUACAGUAGCCUCUGGAGAAGCGACAACCACAAGCUAUAAAUGACACCCGGUAUUUUCUUUGAUUAAAUUCUAAAACAUAAUUGUCUAAUAAUUUCUUGUCCAUACCAAAAAAAUAUGCAGUGACUUUGUUAACCUCUGCGUCCUGCAUCCCUGAUGCAUAAAAAUCGCCAAAGUUGCAAGAUAAUAAUAUUCAUGGCAUGCAUUCUGAUGGACGCAUAGACCAAAAAAAAAAAAACUGAACAUGUGUAUUUGUAGAAAUAUCCCAUUUGUGUGUUCUGUGGUAGCAGUUAUUAUGGCUAUUGUUGAAAGAUUCAUAUUUUUUAGCCUUUAGAAGGACUAUAUUUUAAUUUCAGUGUACUGCAGUAAUACACAGUUUUGGAGUCUGUCAAGCUAACAAGUCAGAUUAACUGUCUGGUAGCACAAAGGCCCAAGCAUUGUCAGUUACAGACUUGUAUAUUCUUUUUGUCUGGGACUCAUUGUUUCUGGACUUGGACUCAAUAUUUUUCACAAGAUGAGUCCCAAGACUCACCAUAACUAUUUGUAACCAAAAUCACCGAUCAAAUAUAUAUUCACGUCUACAACUUUUCCGUUGAAAAGCAAUACCACCCGAGCAUUUUGUUACACCCUUCUUGGCAGUACUAAACUCUUUGAAAAUAUUAACAAGUAAUGUUCUUUUCUGACAAUCCCAAAUAACUGUUGUUUAUUUAAGCUACAUAAAUAUCCCUGCCAUUUUCUUUGUAUAGCCUGCUACACUGUAAAUUUUGUUUGCCUUGUUCAUAUUCCUUAUGCACUAAAGAACAGUAAUUUAUCGAAUGCAAACCCUUUUUUACGGACACCUGCUUUAUACAAGCUCCUUGUCAUAAAAAAAGUUCUGAUUAGGACCUACAGUGUGUACAUCUGUAUGGUUUGGUAAAAUAUCGCAUUUCUGUUUAUCUGGCUCGAGUCAGAUAAAAAGAAAUGCAUUGUGUAUUCAGUUUCUGUUUGCAUUUAAUUCUUCGAAGAAAUGUCUAUUGACAGAAAAGGGUGUCAGUCGAAAAUCAAAGAUUCCAGUACAAUCAGUUAUUGCCAGUUUUCGCCUCAAAAUUAACAGGGACCGUAAGGUUGUUAUAGAGACUGCCACUAUAUUGUGAGCUACUCGUUUUAAUUUUAGUUCAUUAAUGUACAUACUAAUAUCUUAAAAACACUUCGUGGGUGCAGUUUUCCAAGAAUUAAAAAAAAGACGUGUGGUUAACAUAAUAUAUAGUUUCAGCGUUUGCAAAGAAAAUUCGGAACCGGCUUGUCAAUGUGCGACAGUGUGAUCUGUGGCCCUCCGAUCAGAAAAAUCAAUUUAAUCUGCAUAUCUAAGACACUGUCCAUUUUUUACUUUAUUUUCAAAGCAGUCCCACUGACAGCAAUAAAGUGGCCAUGUUGAUGGUCAACACAAAAGACCAAAAUUUUCUCGAAGAAUUUACAUGAAAAAUAGCUCUAAGUUCCCAGCAAACGUAACAGAAAUUAAUACUAUACUCUUCAGUUGAGACCAUCAUGCGGCCGCCAAGAAGAGACCUAAGUGCAAAGCAGUAAUAGUUUGACGGGCCGCGCCUGGUAAAAAGUAACUGAACGUCAAAUUUUGGGUAGUGAUAUUUUCAAAGAUGAAGGGAGUAAUAAUUUUUGGCUUAAUUUCUUCCACUGAUUUUAGAAAUUUAAGAACACCCAGACAGAAAAGAAAGAAAUACCCACAUCAGAUGCAAAAUGUUCGACCAUCAUAACCAAUUUAAUAGAUUUUAAUCGCAUCUAUGAUUUAUCACAUGAUCGUUGAUCGAUUCGGCUAUAUUGUUACAUUUUACUGGACAUGUUCAAAACAGUUUAAAUCUCAACAAUACCUAUUACAUCAGUUAAAAUCGUAAAAAUUGUUAGUUUCAAUUUGAUAAUAUGGCUUAACGGUGGAGAACAACUUACAUCAUUUUUUGCUACAGGCUAUUCUUUUAAAAUGUCACCUUCAGAAAAUAAGCCACUGUCUGUAAUGAUACGUCCUCUCACAAAUGUUGUUUUUCAGUGAUGUUACUGUAGCUCAUGAGUCGAGGUUCAGCGCACAGCGGUUGGAACUUAUCUCCAAGCUAGGCACUGUUAUAUAGCCCUUCUCUGUUCCAUGUCUUCCCCAGAUUGAAUCCAAGAAAUCUUCCAGACCCUUGCUUGUUCAUAUCCGCCGCUAUAGCUUUGUCGUUAGAAGGUCUUGAUCUACAGAAGGCCUUGUUACCCUUUAAGGGCUUAAAGUACAGGUUUUCGGCUGCUCCCAACUGCCUCCAGUUUUCCCGUUGAAGGAUCGAGCUCACUCUAUAACCAGGCGUACAUUUCCCGGUAUAUCACAGUGCGCGAUAAUAACAUAUGACGCGGAAGAAAUGUUCAGAGUAAAUUAGUCCAUAAGCAUGCUUGGGUUCCCCGCGGUUAUAUAUCACAGUCUAGAGCGAGCAUAACAUCAGUGACGCAGAAGAAAUGUUCAAAGUAAACCACUUCAUAACAGCGAUUACGUUUCCCAGUAUAUCACAGUUCUCUAUAAUAAGGCUAAAACUUAAACAACCGCAAAACAAAAUUAAUCAUCCACUAUUGAAACCUACUGUCCACGCUAAGUCAUUGAGAUGUAAAGAGUUCAAGUCUACCUGUGGCUACAUCAAAUGGUUGGGGGUUUAGACGUGCUAAGCUUCCCCGUAGCAGGGUCGAAAUACAGAUUCGCAGUUGGCCUUGAUGUCACUAAUUUUCCCGUUGAGGGAUCAAAGUACAGGUUUUCAGCUUUGUCGUUAGAAGGUCUUGAUAAUGAGCUUUCUGUGCUGCUGAUGUUCCCCAUCUUGUUUUUGUUAAUGUGGUUAAAUUCCUUUCCGAAAAAACACACUUUGUCCCUUAACGUCCGCACCCUAUUGCUGUAGAUAUUUGUACAGACUCCACUUCUUUUCUACCCUACCAAAGCGGCGGUGGAAAUGAAAGUAAGGAGGUAAAACGAAAGUAGCUGGCUUUUAAAUAUAUUCAAACCAACAAAUAGAGCGGUGACUACGUAUGCCUUCGAAGAAUUGUUUUCGUGUUGUAUGCUGACUCGAUUCCAAGAUUCCAAGAAAGUUGGGAACAGACUGUCAAGUCAACUCCGCCCAUUUUUGUAAAGUAUUACAGUGCAUAAAAAUAUCUUGUUGUUUUUUACUUUCCCUGAAAUGUUUACGUACAGAGAGGUCGAUGUCUUGAAGAUUACCUGUAAGUGUUUAAUUAAAUAUCAAGAAUGCAAUUCACAGUUCUGGUCGAGACGUACAGCAAAUUAAACCAAGACUGACCUAUACAAAGUAUUUUAUACCUCAAUCAUUAAUUUAUUUGUUUUUGUGCAAAAUGUUGCAUCAUGCUUUUCACAGAGAGGUUUUCCCACAAUUAGGCAUUUGCAAAAUUGAAACUGGUAGAACAAAUAGAAUAAAUGUCGUCAGAAAAAAGGGUGAGCGUCGACGUUGCGUGACAUUGCUGUGAUUUUAUGGUUACCAAGAAAACAUUGGACAUUCAACUGAGUAUAUCAAACGAGUACAGAGAGAGAGAGAGAGAGCGCGAAGAGUUUAUAAAUCCGCAGAUUUCAAACUUUUCCUUCGACAUGCAGGGAGUUCAACGUUGUGAUCUACGAGGAAGCUUACAAAGAACUGUGUGCGUUGGUGCUGAGAAAACCACACAUCGAAACAGGCGGUGAUCUAUUUGGUUUAUGGGCUAACAAAUACAGUGCUGUUAUUCAACUGGUUCUUGGCCCAGGUAAGAGAUGCAGAAGAACUUCAACCUCCUUUUAUCAAGAUGUUAACUACUUGGAAAAAGUCCGCAUGCACCUUACACAAAAGGAAGGCAUUUGCUAUAUUGGCGAAUGGCACUCACAUCACCAGCUUGGCCUUGCUCGACCAAGUGGGGAAGAUGAGAACACCGUGUGGAACAACAUGCCAACCUACAAUCUGGCAGUCUUACAACGACAAUGUUGGUUGCUUUCUGUUUGA